AUGGAUCAAGAAAGGCCUUUAAAAAGAAAAAAGAAAAAAGUAAAAGGCUCAACAUUCCUUCCAGCUGGAUCACUUGCAUCGUUGGCAAACCAAAUGUCGUUGAUGGGAACAAAAAGAAAUGUUCAACUUCCACAGCCAGGAUCGCAAGUGCCAUUGGAUUCUACAUCUUCUGUAGAACAAGUACGAGAACAGUUACAACAAGUACCAAGGAAUUCCCCUUCUCCAACACAAGUAGUACUGCAACAAGUGCAGCAAACAUCACUGCAUUCUACCCCUUCUACAGCACAGGCAGUACAAGAACAAGUCCAGCAAAUGUCACAAGAUUCUACUGCUCAAGAAGAAAACGAACAAUCUGAGGAAGGAGGCAGAACACAAAUGCAAAGUGUACACGGACGGAGUGAGCGUAAACUAAUAGUGCUAAAUAAGUACAACCAGCCCGUUGGUCCUACUCCAGCAGUCGUAGCAGAGUUGGGCAGCUUUCUUGGAACAUUGGCAAGGAAUUCGACCUUUUGUCCUGUUAAUGUAUUAGAUUGGAGGAAAUUGAAAACUCAUAAAGAUAUGUGGAGCUAUACCAAGGAAAAAUAUGACAUUCCUGAUACUGCAAGUAAAUGGGCUUUCAAAGAAAUAUCAAAGCUUGGAGAAGUAUCUCCAACUCAAUUAUUGCAAGAAACGUCCAGAACUAAUACAGAGAAUCGGAAAAAGUUAAGGUAUCCGCACACUGUUGGCAAAAGAAGUUUUGCUAUAAUUCGCGAGGCUGAAAUGGAAAGAAUAGAAACUCAAGAAAGCGAAGAUGGCAGUCAAUCAGUUGACGCAUUUGCAUCAGUCAUGGGACCUGAGCAUCCAGGAUGCGUAAGAUUGUAUGGGCGUGGGGUUACCAAAACAGACUUGAAAGAAAAAAUGGGAAAUUCUGGACCCUCUUUAAAUAUUACUGAUGAAAUGAUGCAACAAAAAAUUGAGGAAAUAGAAGCUAGGGUGCAACAGAGAAUGCAGAAAAAAUUUGACGCACAAAUGGAUACCAUGGAACGAGAUGUUACAAUGAAAGUCGUUGGACAAAUUCAGCAUCUAAACCCAAACUUACAACUUGAUCCAAGCUUACUAAGAUUCAGUGUUUGUUCGCACGGAGAAGCGGCUAUUCAACAAAUAAAUCGUCCAUCUGCUGGUAGUAACAACCAAGUUAAAGAAUGA